AACAAAAAGGAGGAAAACUAUGGCACACCAGACCCUGCAACAGUGUUUUAAUGUUGUCCCAGGCAAAAUCACUUGCCUGCAAACAAGAAAAGAGAUUAUUACAGGGGAAGUUUUCAUUGCUCAGAGCCAUGGGCAAUCAAGUUGUUGGAUAUCAGCAUCAGUUCAGCUCUACAGCAGCACCAGGCUGGACCCAAAUACUGGAAAAGGGAAGCUAAGCGAGAAAGCAUACCUCAAGCAUGGAAAGAGUAGUGAACACAACGGUACCAAAAUCACUAAAUAUAAAGUCAAGUUCAGAGUGGAGCCAGACUUUGGAAUUCCAGGUGCUUUUCUGAUUAAAAAUGAGCAUAAACACAAGUUCUUCCUUCAAUCUGCAACACUUGAAGUUCCUGCAAAUCAAAGGAUUCAGUUUAACUGCAAAUCUUGGAUAUAUCCAUUUACAAAGACAAAAACCAAUCGACUUUUCUUCUCAAACACUGUUUAUCUGCCAAACGAAACGCCAGAAACUUUGGAUGAACUGAGAAAAGAAGAGCUUGAAAGCUUGAGAGGACAUGGAACUGGGGAGCGGAAGGAGUGGGAUCGAGUGUAUGAAUACGACUACUACAAUGACCUUGGCAAUCCUGAUAAAGGUCAAGAACAUGUGAGACCCAUUUUGGGUGGGUCAGAUUCAUACCCAUAUCCUCGCAGGGGAAGAACUGGCCGACCUCGUUGCAACAAAGAUCCUCUAACUGAGAGUCGGCCAACAAAAUUCAACCUGGAUAUAUAUGUUCCUCCAGAUGAGCGAUUCAGUCCCAAGAAACUAUCAGAGUUGAUAGAGAAUUCGGUCCAGGCUAUUGUACAUUUCCCUCUCCCUGAGGCACAAUCCAUCGACGAGCAAGAAUCCAAUAGUUUUGAGUCAUUGGAGGAGAUAAAAGACAUUUUCUCUAGACACAAAAGGCAAGGAGUAGAGGGAUGGAUUGCAGAGAAACUGAAGAGUUUAGUAUCAGAUGAUCUUUUCAAAGAAAUUAAGGAAGCAAGCAAAAAAGAUCCCAUGAAAUUUCCAUUACCAAAAAUAAUAGAAGAAAACGAACUGGCAUGGAAGGAUGACGAGGAGUUCGCACGCCAAAUGCUGUCCGGAGUCAAUCCAACAGUAAUCAAAGGCUUGGAGGUGUUCCCCCCACAAAGCAGAAAUGGAGUCUGGAGUUCAAUAAAGGCAUCACACAUACAGCACAAUCUUGAUGGUCUCACUAUUACAGAGGCAAUGAACCAAUGGAGGAUCCUCAUCCUGGAUCACCAUGACUAUCUCUUGCCAUUUUUAAACAGAAUAAACACAAAGGGCAUUUGUGUUUAUGCAUCCCGGACUCUGUUGUUCCUAAGGGAUGAUCAUACACUAAAACUAUUGGCAAUAGAACUAAGUUUGCCUGGCUCCUCUGCUGACAUGGAGAUCAAUAGGGUGUUUCUACCAACAACUCAGGGGACAGAAGCAGCACUUUGGCUUCUUGCUAAAGCUCAUGUUGCAGUUAAUGACUCUGCCUAUCAUCAAUUAAUCAGUCAUUGGUUAAACACUCAUGCAGUAGUUGAGCCAUUCAUUAUCGCCACCAGAAGGCAGUUAAGUGUGAUGCACCCAGUCCACCGGCUACUGGAUCCUCAUUUUAAAGACACCAUGCACAUAAAUGCAUUGAGCCGGAGUAUCAUCAUAAACUCUGGUGGGAUCCUUGAGAAAAUAUUGUUUACUCAAGAAAUCUCAAUGGAGUUAUCUUCAGCAAUUUACAGAGACUGGAGAUUUGAUGAACAAGGCCUUCCUGCUGACUUAAUCAAAAGAGGCCUGGCUCUAAAAGAUCCAGAUAAUCCCACCGGGGUUUAUCCACUCUUAGAAGACUACCCUUAUGGUGCAGAUGGACUUGAGAUAUGGACUGCCAUCAAGACAUGGGUCACAGAUUUUUGUUCACUCUUCUACACUGAUGACGAUUCUGUCAGGUCUGAUGUGGAAAUACAAGCAUGGUGGUCAGAGAUUAAAAAUGUGGGUCAUGGUGAUAAGUGCAAUGAGACAUGGUGGUAUCCACUGACAACUUUAAUGGACCUAAUAGAGGCUCUGACCACUCUGAUAUGGAUUGCUUCAGCUCUUCACGCUUCAGUCAACUUUGGCCAAUAUGCAUAUGCUGGUUACCCACCAAAUCGUCCCACACUAUGUCGACAAUUCAUUCCAAAUGAAGGAACACAUGAAUUUGCUGCUUUCCUUAAAGAUCCAGAUGGAUACUAUCUUAAAAUGCUGCCUGCAAGAUUUGAGAUGACCAUUGGUGUAGCAUUGAUAGAGGUACUCUCUCAGCACACAUCAGACGAAGUGUAUAUAGGUCAGAAGCCAUCACCAGAGUGGACAGACAACGAAGAGGUUCGACAAAGAUUUGAAAAGUUUCGUGAGAAUCUUCAGAAGGUAGAGAGAAAAAUUUUGGUAAGGAACAGGGAUCCCAAGCUGAAGAACAGAAAAGGACCUGCCAAGAUACCAUACAAACUUUUGUACCCCGAUACAUCAAAUAUAGGAAUUGGAAGAGGUAUCACAGGAAAGGGGAUUCCUAACAGCAUAUCCAUCUAGCUUAUUCCAAUGUAAUGUAUUAUGGAACAUUCAAGAUCAAUACUUAUGCCAUGAAGGCUUCAGGAAGUGUUACCUUGUAUAAUCAAGUGAGACAAGCAAUAACCUGAUGACAUGAUCAUCAAACAUUUGACAGCCCUAGAACACUUCAAAUUAGAUGCCCAAUCUCAUCCUUAGAUUGAACAUUUAUAUGUAGACAUGGAACUCAGUAUUCAUCUCCAUUAAAUUAAA